CACCAUCACAAGCACGACGGGCGCCAAAUAUUUUCAUGGAGCCCCAUCAAGACUCCGUCUCCGCCUCUUCCUCGCACUAUCCCUCUGGCAUCCCCGACCCCCCAAUUUUUGCAAAGCUCGGUCCUAAAGACAGAGCUUAUUUACGCCGAAACAUCGAAGCCCACGCUGCCAAAGAGCGAGAAUUCGUCGAAAUGACUACCGAACAGACCUUUAUUGCUGUUAAGCCUGAUGGCGUUCAACGCGGCCUGAUCGGUCCCAUCAUCUCACGCUUCGAGGCUCGUGGCUUCAAGCUCGCUGCCAUCAAGCUCGUCACCCCGACAAAGGAGCACCUCGAGAAGCACUAUGAGGAUUUGUCCUCCAAGCCCUUCUUCCCAGGGCUCAUUGCCUAUAUGGGCUCUGGACCCGUCUGCGCCAUGGUCUGGGAAGGCCGUGAUGUCGUGAAGACCGGGCGUGCCAUCCUUGGAGCCACCAACCCUCUCGCCUCAGCCCCAGGCACCAUCCGCGGUGACUACGCCAUUGAUGUCGGCCGCAACGUCUGCCACGGCAGUGACGCUGUUGACAGCGCCAAAAAGGAAAUUGCCCUCUGGUUCAAGCCCGAGGAGAUCCAAUCCUGGAAGUCCGCGCAGUUCGACUGGAUCUACGAGAAGCCGUAGAUAGACCACCUGCCCAUCCAACCCUACAGCAGUAGAUACACACGGUCUGAUGCAGGGAUGGUGGGAGGAUGGAAGACCCUCUGGCGUUCAUAGAAUCACAACAAAAUGAGACGAAAUAUAUGAUAUGAUAUGGGUAUAACGUAAAAC